UAAACAAACAAAUGUUUUAGAACUAAUACAAAAAGUAGUCAAAAUACAACAAAUUGAAAAACAAUUAGAAGGGUAAAGAAGAGCACACAAUCUAAGAAUAUAUCAAUACUACUCCUACAAGUUCUGACUUUGUUUAUGAUCCACAAGACUUACAAGUUACAACAUAAUCUCCUAGAAAAAAAACAUAACAGAACAAUUCAUACAGAUAUGGCACCAUCGGCAGUUAUCAAAGUGGCAGCUUUGUCUGGUUCCCUCAGAAAAUAUUCAUACAACUCAGGCCUUAUCCGUGCCGCAAUUGAGUUGAGUAAAGGAUCCAUUGAAGGUAUUGAGAUUGAUUUCAUUGAUAUUUCAACUUUACCCAUGUUGAACACCGAUCUUGAGAAAAAUGGAACUUAUCCACCACUUGUUGAAGCUUUUCGCAACAAGAUUCUUCAAGCUGAUAGUGUUCUUUUUGCUUCUCCCGAGUAUAAUUACUCUCUCACAGCUCCAUUGAAGAAUGCAAUUGACCGGGCAUCUAGACCUCAAAAUGUUUGGGCCAACAAAGCCGCUGCAAUCGUAAGCGCCGGAGGAAACUUCGGCGGAGGAAGAUCGCACUAUCAUCUACGCCAAGUCGGAGUGUAUACCGAUCUUCAUUUCAUCAAUAAACCCGAGUUCUACCUUAAAGCUUUUGAGCCCCCUGCAAAGUUUAACGAUGAUGGCGACUUAAUCGAUGAAGAGGCCAAGAACAUGUUAAAACAAGUUCUUUUAUCUUUGCAAACAUUUACUCUUAGACUUCAAGGCAAAAACUGAGCCUUAAACUUACUCUAAUGCACCAGAAAAUGUUCAAUUAUGCUUUUGGAUUUUGGAAAUGCCAAUGUGAUUCACAAUGUUACAUUAAAACAAUUAUAUGUAUAAGUAUGUUACUAGUACAAAUAUUUUAUGUUUCUCUUCAA